AGCGUGCGUCCUGUUAAACGGGAAGUGGGUCCAAGUAACGUGUGUAGCAUAAACAAUAUUGCUUUUAGUUAGGUUGUAAACAAUCAGCGUCCAAAACUGUAAGAUAUUCUGGUGUGAUAUUUUGUUCUGAGUCCUGGACUGAGCGAUCGAUUUAUCGCAUUUGCAGUUGGAUAAGCAGUUAUUGAAGAUCAUGAAGAGUAGUGUUGAACACUCAAAACAUUCUACAAGCUCUGACAGGAGAGAUACUCGACAGAGAAGUUCCUCUCCAGAGGAAAGAUAUUCUCGCCGAGAGAGGUCUUCAUCACCACGGGACAGAGGUUACUCUGACCGUGACAGGGACUAUGAUCGCAGGAGGGAUUAUAACCGUAGUAGGGACUAUUAUGACCGCAGUCGAUAUGAUGAUGAUGAUGGUGAACGCUCAAGGAAUGGCCGAUAUGAUAGAUCAGAGGAUACAAGGGAUAAAGAGAGAGACAGAAGGCGAAGGGAUGAAGACCGUGAUCAGGAUAGAGACUAUGAUCGCAAGAGGCAAAAAAGGUUAUCCCCGUUGUCAAGGAAAACUGAUGAGACAUCAGAAGAGCAGCCAUCAGCUGAGCCCCCAGUAAAGAAAAAGAAAGAAGAACUUGAUCCAAUUCUUACCCGAACUGGUGGAGCUUACAUUCCUCCUGCCAAGCUCCGCAUGAUGCAAGAGCAGAUAACUGAUAAGAGCAGCUUGGCAUAUCAGAGAAUGAGUUGGGAAGCUUUGAAGAAAUCAAUCAACGGUCUUAUCAACAAAGUAAAUGUUUCAAAUAUUGGUAAUAUCAUCCAAGAGCUGCUUCAAGAAAACAUUGUUCGUGGAAGAGGUCAGCUGUCCAGAUCAGUUUUACAAGCACAGAGUGCAUCUCCAAUAUUUACUCAUGUCUAUGCUGCGGUGGUAGCAAUCAUCAACUCAAAGUUUCCGCAAAUUGGUGAACUCAUUCUUAAAAGACUUAUUCUAAAUUUUCGCAAAGGAUACAGAAGGAAUGACAAGCAACUUUGCUUGACUUCUUCAAAGUUUGUCGCCCAUCUUAUCAAUCAGAAUGUGGCUCAUGAAGUCUUGGCUCUGGAAAUGCUAACCUUGUUGCUAGAAAGACCUACCGAUGACAGUGUUGAAGUUUCUAUUGGAUUUUUAAAGGAAUCCGGGCUUAAGCUAACCCAAGUAACACCUAGAGGAAUAAAUGCUAUUUUUGAGCGUCUUCGUAACAUUCUGCAUGAAUCUGAAAUAGAUAAGCGUGUUCAAUACAUGAUUGAAGUAAUGUUUGCUGUUAGGAAGGAUGGGUUCAAAGAUCACCCAGUGAUAACAGAAGGCUUGGACUUGGUGGAGGAAGAAGAUCAGUUCACUCACAUGCUUCCUUUAGAAGAUGACUAUAACCCAGAGGAUGUACUUAAUGUCUUCAAAAUGGACCCAAAUUUUCUUGAAAAUGAAGAAAAAUACAAAACCAUUAAAAAAGAGAUCCUUGAUGAAGGAGACAGUGAUUCUAAUGAUGGCGAUGAUGAUGAUGCUGGGGGGAGUGAAGAUGACAGUGAUGAGGAUGAAAAUGAUGAUGAUAAUGAAGAAGCUGGAACAGAAGGAGCAAAAAUGACAAUUCAUGACAAAACUGAAGUUAACUUGGUUUCAUUCCGUCGUACAAUAUAUCUGGCGAUCCAGUCAAGUUUAGACUUUGAGGAAUGUGCGCACAAACUGAUAAAAAUGGACUUUCCUGAUAGUCAAACGAAAGAACUUUGCAACAUGAUACUAGAUUGCUGUGCUCAGCAGAGAACAUACGAGAAGUUCUUCGGCUUGCUUGCAGGGCGUUUCUGUUUGCUUAAGAAAGAAUACAUGGAAUCUUUUGAAAAUAUUUUCAAGGAACAAUAUGAAACUAUUCAUCGUCUGGAAACGAAUAAAUUAAGAAAUGUUGCAAAGAUGUUUGCACACCUGCUAUACACCGAUUCUAUUCCUUGGAGUGUGCUAGAAUGCAUAAACCUAAGUGAAGAGACAACAACCUCUUCAAGUAGAAUAUUUGUCAAAAUAUUCUUCCAGGAACUGUGUGAAUAUAUGGGACUGCCAAAACUAAAUGCUAGGCUCAAAGAUGUAACUCUGCAACCUUUCUUUCAAGGAUUACUGCCAAUGGACAACCCGAAAAACACUCGCUUUGCUAUUAAUUUUUUUACUUCUAUUGGCCUAGGAGGACUGACGGAUGAACUACGUGAACAUUUAAAGAAUGCGCCAAAGAUGAUCAUGACCCAAAAACAAGAUGUUGAAUCCUCAGAGUCUUCAGAUUCCGCCUCUGAUUCAUCUUCAGAUUCUGAUAGCAGUUCUUCUAGUGGCAGUGACUCAUCAAGCUCCAGCAGUAACUCAGAUGAUUCUCGAAGUAAAAGGAAUUCUCAAAAGAAGAAAAGUAAAACCUCACACAAUGUAGCUUCUAGAAAACAUGCAAAUGAGGAAAAAAACAAAAAAAUGUCAGAAAGGGAACGUCGGAAAACCAGUCCUGAUAACAGAAAGUCAAGAAAGUCAGACAGCAAGUCAAAACACUCCUUGCAUUCAAGCUCUCAGCGUUCAUCCCUUAUGUCUCAUUAACCCACAUUUUAUUUAAAGCAUUACAACAAACAUUCUGUAUAAUGUAACAUAGUAAUGUAUGGUCCAAAAGGAAAAGAUAAUAGUAGAAUGGUCCUAAUGUUGCUGUUUAUUUGGUUCUUUUUUUUUUUUUAAACAAUCCUCUUGGUUAAAUGGGUUUUUAAAAAUAUCUGUGUUUGAGACAGUGGAAUAAAACAUAGUGACUGGGACACUAAUUAACUCAUCGGUUUUCGGCUACAUGGAUUUUGACAGCCAUGGUUAAUUAGACAAACAUUUUAUAACUCCAUACCAAACAAAAGCUGUAUUGUAACAGCUAAUAAGGACAUAUAAACCUUUAUGAAUUUGAAGAUCAUUUUUAUAUAUGUCUUUAAUUAAAGUAUUAUUUUAUAUAAAA